UUGCGCGCAGAGAAACGUGGGCUGAGCGCUUGGCGACGCACUCACACAGCCGGAGUUCCCACACAUCUCAAAGUGAUCGCGGGUCAGAAACGGGCGAGUGAGCGAGCGAGCGAGCUUGUACCGAAAAGUGUUGCGGAUUAACCGAGUUUAACGCACAGAGCGAAACUCACGCGGAGCCACGGACACCCGGAACGGAAACCUCGGCGUGUCGGAGCGGUGAGCGAUGCGCUGGCACCAUGGCCAAAUGGUUCAAGGAGCACCUGGGAUUCAAGAGCGCCAAAGCCUCGCCGCCGGCGCCUCCGAGACCGGACUACCGGCACUGCCACGCGGCCGCCGCAGCUUACCAACACGCGGGCGCAGGCACUGGCACCGUAGGCGCGAGCUACCCGAGCCCCGCGCAGCCGGAUAUCCUCGCCGCGUACAAACUCCAGAAAGAGCUGGACUUCGAGGACCCUUACGCGGCCGGCGCCAACACUCCUUUCUCGGGCGCAGCGCUCUCAGAGGUGAAGUACGUGUCCCCGAAACACCGCCUCAUCAAAGUGGAGACGCUGGAGAGGAGCUGCGCGAGCCCGAGUGCUGGCGGAGGCGGCGGCGGAGGUGCUGGUGGUGGUGGAGGAAGCGCGAGCCAGGCAGCUGCAGGGAGCACGAGAUCUCCUACAUCCCCACCCGCCGAGCACGAGACUAAGCAGGACAAGGUGAUCAUCUUGGAGGACUACGCCGACCCUUUCGAUGCUGCGGAUCAAGCAGGUGGCACCCAGAGCAGCGCGGAGAAGCCGGUGGAGAACGACGGCUACAUGGAGCCGUACGAGGCUCAGAAGAUGAUGGCUGAGAUCCGAGGGAGUCGUGGCGUAAAGGACGGCCCGGUUCGGCAGCUUCCCCUGUACGACACCCCGUACGAGCCUGCGGAGAACGGCGGGGAUUCUGACCCCCUGUGUUCACGCGAGAGCAGACUGCCUCAGGAUGACGAGAGGCCGCCGGAGGAGUACGAUCAGCCCUGGGAGUGGAAGAAAGAACGCAUCUCGAAGGCCUUCGCAGCUCUGCUUUGUUAUGACUGCAUUAGCAGCAAAGGAGAAGGCAGAGGAUCAGCUCGGAGAAGAGUCAACACCUCCAAAUCCCUCACAGUCCAGUUCGAAGGGGUGGAGAAAGGCAGGAUGUCUCCGACGAAAGAUGGGAAAUCGAGGCCGCCCCAGCGCCACUCCAGCGGCUGUCUGGUCAACAUGAAGAUGAGUUCGGUGGAGCAGUGCAUGCCGACGCUGGGCGAGCGCAUCGACCCCACCAUGCCUCUGGAGAGCCAGUUCUGGUAUCAUGGAGCAAUCAGUCGAACGGACGCUGAGUCAUUGCUGAGGUUGUGUAAAGAGGCCAGUUACCUAGUGAGAAACAGCGAGACCAGCAAGAACGAUUUCUCCCUCUCUCUCAAUUUGGUAAUACUCCACACCAGGAUCACUCUCGAGGACUGUAUGUGCUGUGGCUAAUAGAGUUUAAAGGUGAAAUUAUAUCAGAAAUCAUUUAUAUGAUGAUAUAGUUCUAAUUUAAUCUGUAUGUAUGUUUAUUUUUUAUAUCGACUUUUUCUGUUGUUUCAUGGAAUUGCCGAGCCACACAGUGUAUUUUGAUGUUAAUGUGUGAUGAUUUAGGCAUGUGAUUAAACACGCAACAUAUUCUGGCUGACUGACCGCAUUGUUAUGUAUAUAAGUCUGAAAGGAAAAUCGUCUUAAAAUUAAUUGCCAACAGGUGGUAGAUUUACUAAAUUGGAUGCUAAGAUAAAUUUGGAAAAGCAGUUAAAACCUCAGUGUACACAAACACCAGUUUAUUCAUCGUCUAGUCAUAGUCCUCAAACGUGUGCAGAAGCCAUUUUCCACUUUAAUAAAUACAAAAUAAAUAGCCCUUGAUUGACAUUCUUGAUUCUAGUCAUGACUGUAUGCUGUAACUAAACACUGACAGGAUCUUUUGUUUGCUUUGCUUCCUCUAGUCCAUUGCACUAGAUUUACUGGCUCUGGAAAAUCACUCAAGGUGUUAACAGACAUCAAACCACAGUACUGUUAAAUUCUUCAUUUUCUAUAACAAAUAUACCAAAUCACAGGUUUAUAUUACGGCGUUUGUUCUAAUGUGUUAUUGUUUACAUAACAACUUACACAUUGACUUGUAUGGUGGACGCUCCAUAUAAACAGAUUUAAAAUGUGUGUAGUUGUUGAUAUGGUGAGGUUUGAAUGAGGAGAUGUUUAUUUAGCUUGUUUAUUUCAUUUAUUAAGGAAGGAGUCUCCAGUGUCUGCACUUUGUAACAGCACUGUAAUGCUGUUACAUUUGUAACCAGAAUUGUUGUCAAAUUGCUGUAAUGUAAGAAGAUUAAAACACUUUGGGACAUGCUGGUAUGGGAAAAUAAUCAGCUCUAAGGUGGUAACAGUAACUGAUUGAUUAUAGAUUAUUUUCCUAUAACAGCAUGCCCUAUCAUGUUUCACUGCUUAGUUAUAUUCAAAGGCGGUUUUAAGUCUGCAGAGACCCUUUAUCUAAAUCGCACAUGUGAAACGAAUCCUGGGUCAGAAAUUACUGAACCCAAUUAAAGGACACAAUGAUAAUGCCAGCAGUUUCAUCGAGAACGAUCGCUGGCAUAUCUCCCAUCUCAGCCAUCCUGAUAAAUUGCGCUUUCGCUUUAUUUGUGCUUCUCCGAUGAGAUAAGUUGGCACACGGUCACUCGCAGCCUUCAGGGGAUUAGAUAUAAUCAGAUGCAAGUCUGCCACUAAGUAAAAUCUCCAUAAUGAUGUAGUGUGAGGAUUUCUAGUUCUCUCCUUAAGUCCGUGUUCCUCUUUCCGCCAUGAUGGUGAGAUUAAUCAGUGCAAGUGCAUUUAGUCGUAUAGUGGUUUCCCCUACACUGGACAAGUUUAAGAGCCUCAUGGAGAGCUGAGGGUUGUCGAAAUGGACUCUCGUUUCCUUUAACGAUGAUGAAGCCUCAGUUAAUGAUGGCCGGCUAAUGAAGCGAACCAGAGGGAGGGAUCUGAAUAAAUGGAUGGAGGUGAUGGAGGAGUUUAUGUUUCAUGGUAGGUCUGACUUCAGAGUAUUGUAAUAACAGAUUGUGUGUGUGUGUGUGUGUGUGUGUGUGUGUGUGUGUGUGUGUGUGUGUGUGUGUGUGUGUGUGUAUUUACACUCUCAGCAGAAUCAAGCAGGAGCAGGACCCUACACAAAGAGGCAUUACAUGUACAGGGACCUUUAGGUGUAAAUGGCUCAUAUCUGAGCCUGCUGAAAUAUUAAUGUCACCUCGAAGCCAUCAACAUGUGCUGUGUAUUACGAUGAGGCCUUGUGCUGUGGUUCACGUUUUAUUUCAUGCUAGAGCAGUAGGUGUUUUCUUUAUGAACACACUACCAGUUGGACGGUUGAACAAAUAUAAAUUUUUUUACUACAUACAUAUUAUUUUGACACAUUUAUUUAAAAAAAAAAAAAAAAAAAAAAAAAAAAGACAAGUCAAGAUUGGUUGGUUCAGAAAUUAUUGUUUAAACCUGAAAUGUAUUUGACCAUCCUUUAAAAAAAAAAAAAAAAAAUUAUUACCAAACCUUGAACAAGGAAUGCUCUUUUAGGAAAAUAAUCAACGGCGGGGUGAUACUUGUGGAAUUCAAGUGAUUAGUUGAAACUAUUGCUUUGAUGUGUAACAUAACUGAGUAAAUUUAUACUAACUGAUGGAAUAAAAACACUUCUUGCUAGUGGACCUUUUGGAUUUUAAAAGACGUCAGUAGAACGUGGACAGAAUUCAAGGUUUCAAAGGCAGUGUUUCUAGGAAUGGCAUUUCUCUGAAGCACCUUAUUCUUAGGAGCAUGCACGUAAUUAAGGCCUGCUAUAUUUAACAUAGCACACACUGCAUGCAGGCGUUCUCGCCAACCAGCACCAUCUCGCCGCUGUCGUUUUUUCUCAAGCGGUUUUGUAGUUCUCACCUGGUAUACUUCUGAGACUCUCCAGCCUUCUUUGCAAAUGCAAUUAGGAAAUAUGUGAGGGAUGCACUGAGCUCUAAUUCAACAUAAAUAGUGCAUGAGGGAAUUGGAGUAGUGUUGCCGUCUUUCUCACAGACGCACGUACAGUACAUGCAUAAAUAAAUGCUGUUUAUUAUUUAGCCAUAUCUGGUGAGUAAAGGUUAAAAUCCCUUCAUCCAUCAGCUCUUUCUCACUAUAGCUAUGUUCAUGCUGUUAUUUUUUUCUUCCUUUUUUUUUUUUUUUUUUUUAAGCUACACGCUGAUAAAUAGACUGCUCAGGACCUUCUCUUACUGCAGGUGUUUUUCUGCUAUCUCAGUGAUCAAAUGCUGGUGUCAUGAACGCCUCGCUCACAGCGUUAGCCCCAGCAAGCAAAUGGCUUUCCCUCAGUGGCAUUUUUCAUUCACUUAAACCUUCUGAGCAGUCCCAGGGACCAAACAAUACCAUAAUAACAUCUGCCUUAUAGAUAGAGAACUUCAAAAUCAAUACAUUUUGCUGCCAAAGGUCCCGUGUCCUAUUUAUUCUUAUAUAUUUUUCUGUUAUUUCCGAGCCUGAUUUCAGCCUGUUUUUACUGAGACCGUCCACUCAGGGUUUGAAUUAUAGGGGGGUCUGGGAGGGGUCUGAUUCCUUCAUCUUCAACCCCAACUCCUUAACCUGAGGGUCCAGAGGCUCAGGGUCCAAAGUUAAAAAAAUUAAAAUCCUUAAAAGUCCAUUAGGAACGUCUAGCAGUACCACUAGCAAUAGAAAUGUUUUUAUUCCAUCAGUUAGUAGAAAUUUCCUAAAUUAUCUUAAUACGGGUCAUUCAUUCUUUAUUAAAGGAAUACUCCAGAGUUAUUCAGACUAUUCUCUGUCCACCACAUCUACAGUCCCUUCCAAAACUAUUGGAAUGACGAGGUUAAUUCAUUUAUUUGUGCUAUACACCAAAGACAUUUGAGUUUGAGAUCAAAAGAUGGAUAUGAGACGAGAGUUUCGUAUUUCAGAUUUUAUUUCCUGGUAUUUACAUCUAGAUGUGUUAAACAACAUAAAAAAUGGAACCUUUUGUAUCAGACCACCCAAUUUUUAGUUGAGCAAAAGUAUCGGAACAGAUAAGUCUUGAAGUAAAUGAACGUAAAUAACACUUCAUUUUUGGUUGCAUGUCCCUCGUUUGCAAUAACUGCAUCAAGCCUGCGACUCAUUGAUGUCACCAAAUUGUUGGUUUCUGCUUUUGUGGUGCUUUUCCCUCUUUUCACCACUUCAAAAUGGCUUGUUUCUUCCCCCCAUAGACAGCUCUCUGCUCUUCAUGUUGGCUUAUCCUUUUCAACAACAAAUGCAAUCUUCACAGCUUAAACCAAGAGUAGAUGUUCAGAGCUAUUUACUUAUUGACACAGCUGGCUAACAAGACAUUUGUUUGCCUACAUACUGGGUGGUCUUAUACAAAAUGUGCUAUGUUUUGUAAAUUCCAGGAAAUAAAAACGGAAAUUCUAAACUCUCAUUUCAUAUUCGUCUUUUGAUCUCGAACCCAAAAUGUCUUCAGUCUACAGCAAAAACAGUUGAGUUGGCCUUGCUAUUCCAGUAGUUUCAGAGGGGACUGUACGUCUAUAAGUUGUUGAAUUCUGUCAGUAAAAAUGUCAAAUUUGUUGACUAUAUCGUGCAAAUUAAAAACGGCAACCAUUUCAGUGAUGAGACAGAUUUUAAAGCUGUUCUUAUGUCAUUUCCAACUUAAAAAUAAAAUAACAAAAUCAGGUUUUUGUACAUUUGUGGAAGCUGAGGUAUUUACUUAAAAUUUUUCCGUCUGAAAAAUUGGUUUCAAUGUAAAAUUGCCUUUUUAAUGUACAAAUACUUUUGACUGACGAAUGAAAGUGUUUUAGUAAAAACGUAGAAAAACUGCCAGGCCUUUUCUUGGAACAGUGUAAUUUCCAUCUCGUCAAUACUAUAGAAAAGUAAAGGCUGGGUAGCGAAUAUUUUUAUCCUGGUUCUGUGGUAUUCCUUAUUGUAUUCCAUAUCUUCCCCUCUGAACCAUUUGACCAUUUUGAUUGACAAAGAACCAAAGAAUUAAUGCAUUUUGCAGCUCUUUCUUCCUUAUGAGUAUGCAUUGGGUGAGCUAGUAAUUAGCAUUUUACAUUUAGCAGCCACGUGAAAUCUUUUUUUUUGUUAACUUAUUAAACCAAAUCUACCUUUAUCUUUCACCGCAUGCAACCUGUUUGCAAAUAAACUGCAAUUCCUCCAGCACGUCUGGCUGCCAGGAUCUAAUCACUGGCUAUUCUUUAUUGCCGCUUAACCUUUUCCCUGUGCCUUCUCUUCCUACCUCCUUUGUCUCACUAUGCGUUUUUUAUUGUCC